GGGUGGGUGCACCGGGGAUGUCCCGGGCGGAGCUGCGUGAGUCGCGGCUGUGCGUGAACCCGUGUCGGCUGAGAGCAAGGGCCCGGCUGGCCGCGUGCAGAGAUGGCCGAGCAGUCCAACCAAGCCGUGAAGUACUACACCCUGGAGGAGAUUAAGAAGCACAACCACAGCAAAAGCACCUGGCUGAUCAUUCACUACAAGGUGUACGACCUGACCAAGUUCCUGGAGGAGCAUCCUGGUGGGGAGGAGGUUCUGCGGGAACAGGCCGGAGGGGAUGCCACAGAGAACUUCGAGGAUGUCGGGCACUCUACAGACGCCAGAGAAUUGUCCAAAUCAUUCAUCAUUGGGGAGCUGCAUCCGGAUGACAGAUCGAAGCUGAGCAAGCCCACCGAAACUCUCAUCACCACCAUCGAUUCUAAUUCCAGCUGGUGGACCAACUGGGUGAUCCCGGCCAUCUCCGCCCUAGCCGUGGCCCUGAUGUAUCGCCUGUACAUGGCGGAUGACUGAGCCCUGCCCGGAAGUCGGCGAAAGCAGAGACUGCUGGAACGAGGGAGAAAAGCUCAUGUUAAUCACUCAACUGACAAGAACCCUGAACCUGAGAAAUAAUUGUAAUAUGUGUCACCCUUUGCUUCUUCCUUCGAGGCAAAUAAGAACUGUUCUGUUCUCUCUAAUCUCGAACUUUGCUACGUGCCUUUUUAUCCACCAACUUUAUUUUGAUGUUUCUUCACAAUGUAAUUUACUUAUGUAAACAUGAUCUUUUAAAAAAUAUAUGUAUCUGGCUUUUAAAA